UAAACCCACGCAGCCCGAAUGCACUCCGCCAUAGGACAGGGCCUGGUGCUGGCGGCGGCACCCAAGCUAGCUGAGGUCACGCAAGGGAGAUGGCAGACAGACAGAAAGAUAGACCCACCGUCCGAUACACCAGGCAUGCAGCUUGGGUAGUGUAGCCAUCAGGCUUACUCCCCAUGCUCAGCGGUCCCCUUCCUCCAAGAGCCCUUUGCGAAGGCGGGCGGCCGGCAGCCCCGACGUCACUGCCGCGCGCCGCCUGCGUCAUCGCGGCGCGCCGCUGCAGCAGGCGCAGAGCCGAAGCGCUGGCCGCUGUGUGCGCCCGGGCGCGAGCUGCCGGGCGGGAGGAGCGGAGCGCGGGGCGCGGGGCGCGGUGCGGGCUGCCGCUGCAGGACGCCGCUGGGCCGGAGCGCGGGGUCAGCACAUGGUUUGGGACUUCCACGUUGUGACAUGGAGGAGUCUUCAGUGACAGUUGGCACAAUAGACGUUUCUUAUCUGCCCAGUUCAUCAGAAUACAGCCUUGGCCGAUGUAAACACACCCAUGAUGACUGGGUUGACUGUGGGUUCAAGCCUACCUUCUUCAGAUCCGCAACACUGAGAUGGAAGGAGAGCCUUAUGAGCCGGAAGAGGCCCUUCGUGGGAAGGUGCUGCUAUUCCUGCACGCCACAGAGCUGGGAAAGGUUUUUCAACCCCAGUAUCCCAUCUCUGGGUUUGCGGAAUGUUAUUUAUAUCAAUGAAACUCACACAAGGCACCGAGGAUGGCUGGCGAGACGGCUGUCUUACAUCCUUUUUGUUCAAGAGCGAGAUGUCCAUAAGGGCAUGUUUGCCACCAGUAUUACUGACAAUGUACUGAACAGCAGCAGAGUCCAAGAGGCAAUUGCUGAAGUGGCUGCAGAGUUGAACCCAGAUGGAUCUGCCCAGCAGCAGUCCAAAGCCAUCCAGAAGGUGAAAAGGAAAGCUAGGAAGAUCCUCCAGGAAAUGGUCGCUACCGUCUCCCCAGGGAUGAUCAGGCUGACUGGCUGGGUGUUACUAAAGCUCUUCAACAGCUUCUUCUGGAACAUUCAGAUUCACAAGGGUCAACUCGAGAUGGUAAAAGCUGCAACUGAGACGAAUCUGCCACUCUUGUUUCUGCCGGUGCACAGAUCCCAUAUUGACUACCUGCUGCUCACCUUCAUCCUCUUUUGCCACAACAUCAAAGCCCCGUACAUCGCCUCAGGCAACAACCUCAACAUCCCCAUCUUCAGUACUUUGAUUCACAAGCUUGGGGGCUUUUUCAUAAGACGGAGGCUCGAUGAAACCCCAGAUGGACGCAAAGACAUUCUGUACAGAGCGUUGCUGCAUGGGCAUGUAGUUGAACUCCUCAGACAGCAGCAGUUCCUGGAGAUCUUCCUGGAAGGCACCCGCUCCCGCAGUGGCAAGACCUCCUGUGCCCGGGCAGGGCUCCUGUCAGUAGUAGUGGAUACUCUGUCGUCCAACACCAUCCCUGACAUCCUCGUCAUACCUGUGGGCAUCUCGUAUGAUCGCAUAAUCGAAGGUCACUACAAUGGUGAACAGUUGGGCAAGCCCAAGAAGAAUGAGAACCUCUGGAGUGUGGCGAGAGGUGUUAUCAGAAUGCUGCGGAAAAACUACGGCUAUGUCCGAGUGGAUUUUGCACAGCCAUUUUCCUUGAAGGAAUAUUUAGAAGGCCAAAGUCAGAAACCUGUGUCUGCCCCCCUUUCUCUGGAGCAAGCACUAUUACCAGUGAUCCUUCCUUCAAGACCUAAUGACGUUGCUGAUGAACAUCAAGACAUAUCCAGUAAUGAGUCCAGAAACACAGCGGAUGAAGCCUUCCGACGAAGGCUGAUUGCAAACCUGGCUGAGCACAUUCUCUUCACCGCCAGCAAGUCCUGCGCUAUCAUGUCCACCCACAUUGUGGCCUGUCUGCUCCUCUACAGACACAGGCAGGGAACCCACCUCUCCACACUGGUGGAAGACUUCUUUGUGAUGAAGGAGGAAGUCCUAGCUCGAGAUUUUGACCUAGGCUUCUCUGGGAAUUCAGAAGAUGUAGUCAUGCAUGCUAUUCAGCUUCUGGGGAACUGUGUCACAAUCACCCACACGAGCAGGAAAGAUGAGUUUUUUAUUACGCCCAGCACGACUGUCCCAUCAGUCUUUGAACUCAACUUCUACAGCAAUGGUGUACUUCAUGUCUUCAUCAUGGAAGCCAUCAUAGCUUGCAGCCUUUAUGCAGUCCUGAGUAAGAGGGGCUCCGGAGGGUCUGCCGGAGGCCUGGGUAACCUGAUCAGCCAGGAGCAGCUGGUGAGGAAGGCCGCCAGCCUGUGCUGCCUUCUGUCUAACGAAGGCACCAUUUCUCUGCCCUGCCAGACUUUUUACCAAGUUUGUCAUGAGACAGUUGGCAAGUUCAUCCAGUAUGGCAUUCUCACAGUGGCAGAGCAAGAUGACCAGGAAGAUGUCAGUCCUGGCCUUGCAGAGCAGCAGUGGGACAAGAAGCUUCCGGAACCUCUGAACUGGAGAAGUGAUGAGGAAGAUGAAGACAGUGACUUUGGUGAGGAGCAGCGAGAUUGCUAUCUCAAGGUGAGCCAGUCCAAGGAGCACCAGCAAUUCAUCACCUUUCUUCAGAGGCUUCUGGGGCCCCUGCUAGAAGCCUACAGCUCUGCUGCCAUCUUUGUCCACAACUUCAGUGGUCCAGUUCCCGAAUCUGAGUACCUGCAGAAACUGCACAGAUACCUUAUCACCAGGACGGAGAGGAACGUUGCGGUGUACGCUGAGAGUGCCACAUACUGUCUCGUGAAGAACGCUGUGAAAAUGUUUAAGGACAUCGGGGUUUUCAAAGAGACCAAGCAAAAGCGAGUGUCUGUCUUAGAGCUGAGCAGUACUUUCCUACCUCAGUGCAACCGGCAGAAGCUCCUAGAGUAUAUUCUGAGUUUUGUGGUGCUGUAGUGAUCUCUCAGCACCUAUCUCGAGCGCGGAGCUGAUGAGUCCCUCGAAGACCCCAGUCUGACCCAGAGUGGCAGGUGUCCUGGCAUGGUCCAGCCUGCCCUACCCCGAGGAGACUUCCAGGAAGACACGUGCCUUCUGCCCCUGUGGACCUGCGCUCCUCCCAACACAGACGCAGUGGCCUGUGCAGAGCACUUGGGGCCAGUGCCAUCUGUGAUUCAUGAUCACUAGGUUAUAGGUGAAAUCUCAGUAAGUUAUUUUGGAGUUUAUUAAAGGUUCACAUUUUAAGUAUAACUUUUCAGGCUAGUUACUGUGAUGGACAUUGAGGUAUUUGUAGAACUGACUCUUAUAUAGUAAGUAAUAAUAUUUCCUUUAAAAUAAUUGGGUCAUCCAUUCUCUGUCUCCAUUAUCGCUGUCAACAGAAGUUAUGGUUUGUAUGUAAGCCCUUUCCUCUCAAGUGCUUUACUAAGGAGCAGUGUUGUCCUGGGCCAGCAGACUCAAGAUGUAUCUGAAUAGCUGCCUGAAAGCAGAUGAUACUGUGUAGUCAGGAGGUGAGAGACUGAGGGAAGAGCCAGCAUCAGGAGGUGACUCUGGUUGGCAAGGGUGAGCUGUGCUUGGCCAGGAAGGUGGCAUUAAAGGCUGUGCUCAUGUGACAAGAGUGCCUUUGAGCUGUAAUGUCCAGUGUUUUGAGUCCCUGUUGCUGAAACCUUUGAGUGACAGACACCUGCUGCUUUUGAGGAGCUCGGCUGCAGCGAUCACUGGCUUGUGGCGCUCUGGCUGCACUCUGCUGACCCAGGGGUCCCCGACACUGCUCACUCACUGGGUGCUGUGGCCCCAUCUGGAUGGCUAGUACCCAGAUGGCGCACUGUGCAGCCUGUGUAGCAGGCACAGUCACCCUGCUGAGUGGCAGGUGGUUGGAGGCAAGGACAUUUAUAUGGGCUACAUACCCACACUCCCUGCCAUGUAAAGGCGAGUGGUUGUGAAAGUGUCUCUGUUGUAGUGGGUAGGUGCCUUGCUUGUGGGCAGGGAGCAUAACUGUUAGUUAUCUGUGGUAACUAUGGCAGUUUCUCAAUGAUCACGUGACAGUGCAGUCUCUAAUUGUCCACUGUCCAUAUCUAUGAUUUUACGGAAUUAUGAAUUUUCCUGAUGCGUGUUGUAUAGAUGAUUUGAAUUUAUAAAAGCAUUAGGGAUGAGGUUUCUGCUUUCCUGAACUUGAAUUUCAAACACUAACUGUAUCCUAUGAGUGACAUGUGUGUUGAGGGAGGGCGGCCCACCUGGCGUUCCACAGAGCAUGACGUGGCUGGUCUGGAGCAAUAAUACUGUGCUGUGGUGACCUCCGUCCUUGCCUUGUGCAUGUCACGCCUCCGUUUCCUUUGCUUCACUUCUGUUAACUUUGGUGUGGAGUGAGAUGCUCACCUUUAGCCUCUGCUUCCCUAACUAGGCUGACACGUCCCUUGGCUGUACUUGGGGGACCCAGAGAGGCUGGUGUAUUCCCUUGGGUUUACCUCUGGGGACUCAAGCAUUUUAUUGGUCUCUGGUUUUUCUUUUUUUCCCCCUCUAAGUGGAAACUGAAGGUGGCUCCCUCUGAUCUGUCUGUCAGUGGGUGUUGCUGCCCUGCCUGUCAGCUCUGCAAGUGACUGCUGCUCCCCAGCUUGCCCAGAGACAUGUGAGUCCCCCGUCCCUUGCUGUGCUCCCCUUCUGGUAGGUGUUACUUUAAGAACUGCAGUUUACUUGCUGUUGCCUGACAAUUAACUCACUGUGAGGAUAGGUACGCACGCUUUUCAUAAUUAACUGGUGCUUUGAAACCUUUCUUACGGAAGAAAAAUCUCAACCAAAGUUAUGCUCUUCCUGACAAGCUGACCCUUGAGUUAAUUUUAGCACAACUCAUUCUUCAGUGCCUCAUUAUGAAAGAAAAAAGCAUCACAAUAAGGCUUCAAGGUAGCCCUGUUCCCUAAAUCCCCUUGUUUUCCAGCAGUGGGUGGCUUCCUCGAAUGAUUAAACAAACUAGGUGCUUGUAUAUAAUUUAUUACAGUUUACUCUACUGCAUUUCUGUCAAGUUGAAAUGCAUGCCCUUCAGGGGAAGACUGUGAGUCAAGUUUAAUAAAUAAAAUCCUAAUACUAAGCAAUAUGAAGCCUGCACUCUGCUUUUAAGUGAGGCAAGCUGAGUAAGCCAGAGAGGGAGGGGCGUUUGCUCUCCAAAUCCUAAGGAAAAAUGAAGGCAAAACAAGUGUUAUGUCAGUUCAGCUAGGGACACACGCUGCCCUUCCUGACUUCUAAACCAUGGAGGUCAGGUAUAUCUGGGAGGCAGGGAAUAGAAGCUAGGACUGGAGUUCCUGCCCUGCCGCCUCGGUUCCCGCAGUGUUCGUAUCAUGUGAUGCCCUGAGAUGGGGAUCCGUGGGAACGUGUAGCGCCCUGCAGUGCGGAAAGGACUGCAUCUGAUAGUACACAGACCGCUGCACAUAGCAUUUCCCAAACUGUUUGCACCUCAGGACCUUUUCCCCUCUGGGACACUGCAUGCCAUGGAAAACUUUUUCAGAAACUACAUUAACUGUUCUUUAAGCAGACAAAAGUCACAACAGUGACAGGCAAACUCUGCAUGCUUUUUGUAUCGCUCACGAUGCACCGUGGUGUGCUCGGGUAUCUUUCCUCACUGGAGAGAGCAAGCGCAGGAAGCUGACUGCAGCGCCUUCCUUGUGAAGGAUCUACCGCAACCCUGGCCUUUUAAAAACUGAGAUUAGCAGAAUUAAUAGAGAAAUUAAAAAAUUAAAAUUGGGGUAAAUAAUAAAGGUUUUAAUUCAGAUCUAGAAGAAAACUCUGCACAGUUGAAUGCAGAUUUUUAUCCGUAGAUAACCGUAGUGUUUUGAAAUGAUAGGCCCUACCUUUGAAGUUUCUAAGACUUAUUAUGGGAUGUAAAUCUGUUUUUUAAAAACACUUUUUAGGGGCUUGAGAGCUGCCACCUGGCAUUUAGUUUAGAAUGGCUUCAAGAGACUUUCGACCUUGCUUCCCAACAGCUAAAGGGCUAACUGUCUUUAUGGAAAGCAUUUGUUACAGUAUUUGCCCAUUGUACAAAGCAAUGCUAGAUUGUUGUAAAAAGAAUUGCUACUGUAAAAAAGCACUGUGUGACUUUGUGAGUGACACUGCCUUGGAAAUGUUGACUGACGUUUCUGCCUGGUGAUAGCAUGUCCCGAGAAGCAUGGACAUGGAGUUUUGUUUUAAUAAACCAGAAAAAAAAAACCUGA